CUGGCGGCCACAGUUGCGCCCUGGAUUGUAGCAGAGAGAGAGCAGCCCUCCUGCAGCCUGCUAGCCCACCACCAUGGAUGUCAAGCUGCUGGCACUGAUGGCUCUGAUGGCCGUGGCCACACAUGUACCGACCUCCAACGCAAAGCCCAUCAGUCUGGUGGAGCGGUGCUGGUGUCGUUCCACCCUCAACACGGUCCCUCAGCGGUCCAUCAAAGAGCUCAAGUUCCUCCACACACCCAACUGCCCCUUCCAAGUCAUUGCCAAGCUGAAGAGCAACAGGGAGGUUUGCAUCAACCCGGAGACCAAGUGGCUGCAGCAGUACUUAAAGAACGCCAUUAACAAGGUGAAGAAAUCUAGAAGACGCAAUAACAAGAAAAACUAAACACAAGGGGAAGACAUGUAUGUCGUCAGGCAUGGCGUUCCGGAGUCGAACCUGUAUACCUACCUGUCACUGCUAUGGAUGUAUAUAAACACGCUGUAUGUACCCGUCCACCCUCUCUGGACCGCUUGCAGAACCAGCACUUCACCGCCAAACCGUGCCGUCUCAAGCACCGCCACCGAUCCCUCUGGACACCCACGCAGUCCCCUCCAACUCUCCAUGUUAGCACCAAGUGCAAUUAUACCUCGAGGUGGCGGGACGCAUGCUAAUGCCAGAUAUAUGUGUGUGAGUGCUGAGCACGACAGAGAAAGUGCGUGUGUGUGUUUGAAUGUGCAACAUAUAAACUAACUCUAAAUGUGCGUCUGUAUAUAGUAUUUUCUCACUUAACACAGCCAGAGAGAAACAACUUGAGCUUUCUGUCUCAGGCAAGGCUUUGUGGGUAAUGCCACUUUCACGUCAUGGGAAAAAAAAUAUUCACAUCGGUCUCCGAGAAGGAAUUCCGAUCGGGAUUUUUGUUGGCUGUCCUACAGUAUAUGUUAAUUAUUAAAGACGCGUAUCAUUUACAAACACCAAUCCACCCAAGUUGAAUUCAUAGUAAUAUCUCAACAUAAACCGUUUUUAAAGAGUGACUACUGUCAACAUGUUUCUACUUUUUAAUCUAGAUAUUAUACUUUCCUAAGAAAAACAAAAAGCCUACCCCGGAUGGAGGUGUUAAAUGAAAAGUGUCCACUGAUAACAAGUGAAAGUGGCAUUACUCCCUGACUGAGGGGUCAUGGGGCAGUAGCAGAGGCUGUCCAGUGGGGUUACACCUUCACAAGCAGUGACCAAUCAGGGCAGGCCGUGUCACAACAGUAUCUUGAAUUAUCGUCACACUCGCUCCAGCAUCAGGAACAAAACAGACGGAAGCUCAAACACACUGCGAAGAAACAAGCACUGAUCUUGAGGCGCUAUAUAUAUUCAGUAUAAGGGGUCAGAGCCAUUGACAUAAUUAUAUUUCACUGUUUAUUAUAUGCAAGAUUCAGAAUGUGAUAUUGUGACCUCUAUGUUAUGUUUUUUACCAGUCACAAAAUAUUUGAAGCGCUGUUGUUAGAUUUUAUGUGAAGGCCAUGGUGUACUGAUGAAUACUACAAGGGAAUGAAACACUUAUCAAUGCAUACUUUUUGUUACUGAACAUAUCAGUAAACAGAGACCAAAUAUUUGAAGAGUAACACAUGUAACGUGAAGAAACCUGUGAAAGCAUGACUUCUCCAUUUCAUUCAUUGUUAGAAAAAGGGAGUAGAAGACUGUCAUUGUCUCAACUCAUCAAACGGACUAAUUGUGAAUGUAUAUCAUGACAGCAGAGCAAUUCAACUGCAGUAUUUUCAUACCGACACCCGUCCUUGGGAGGAAUGAAAAGCUAAAUAACUGUCACAUGAAACAGAUGAUGAUAAAUAUCACAAUGGAAAUGUUCACUGUGGCAAAAAGAAAGUUUUCGAUUAGUCUUUUUAUAUAUAUUUGAGCCACUUUAUUAUCAGAUGUGUCAAUUUAAAUGUAAUUGUUUUAUUUUUAUAUUGUGUAUAAUCUUACUAAAUGCUUUUUAAUGCAAUGUACAGUAGGCAGUAGCUACUAAAUGAAGGCUAGCCCUUAAGAUGUAAGAAACAGUAUUAAGCUUCAUUUUUAAGAUGUCAUGCAAUACACGUGUAAUGGUUUGUUACUCCACAGUAUUCAACACUGAAUUACUUUUUUAAAAUCAUUUUCUUAACGUUUAUAAAGAAAAAAUAGCAAAUCAAAUCAAAUAUCGUCCUUCUUCUUUGUUGUUGUUUCUCCGUAUUGUUUCCUUAUCAACCAAUCUGAGAUGUAACAACGGUGAACUGAACACAAUCUGUUACGGUCAACACACAGUGAUUGAAAACAAAAGCCGCCGUCAUUGUGUGACAUGUGGCAGGAAACUCUUCGGCCCACCAGUCGCCUCCAUUGAACACUCGAUUUUUUUAUAGUUUUACUGAGGUUGAUGUAUGAUGUGUCAAUAGAGCCACUGAGCCAAAACGUAACACGUUUGAGUUGAGAUCCCAGCGACCAACAUGUGCUUUCAAUCUGGACACUCCCAGCAACCCACCGGCUUUCUUUCCACUUCCACUCAACUGCUGCCAUGCCGCAACAUUUGUUUCCCCGAAAUUGUAAUGCAAGUCCUGUUGUUUGUGUUCAUUUCUAAGGUCUAUGUUCUGUUCUGUUUGCUGAGUGCCUGAUCACAGGUGAUACUCAUAUCAAUUUGCAGCUAAUGGUGCAAUAACCUAUAAGUGUCAGUCUUUUCCCAUUAAACUAAUAGAAGUUAAUGGACACUCAUUUUGUCUGAUUAUACUCAUUUGUUUAAACACAUUGCUGAAUAAGUUAAAACGUUCCAGUUUCCAGACACACUGAUAUGCAAUGAUAAGUCUAAUUUUAUUCAUUUUGUAAAUUCAUGACAAAACCGCCAUCUAUUCCCAAAAUACUUUAGAGAGAUUAUGUUGUUAUUUCUGUAAACUUAAACCUUUCUAAUAUAAAACGUGAUAAUUAUCUCAAUAAAAGGAACAAACCUAUUACAUUAUAUGUAAGAACAGGUAAUUCGUUUUAUUAAUUAGAAUUGAAUUUCUGUUAUGUUUAUUGUCACUCACUGAACUGUCGCUGCAGAGAAUAUUUAGUGUGACUAAUUAGUGUCAGACAAUUACAAACUGAUCAUUGUGCAUUUACAGAAAUUUUUUGUUUAUUAUUUGGACCAAAAACAAAUUCAGGUUCGCAUUGAUCGUAUAUUAAUAAAUCACUCAAAAUGUGUGCAAAGUCUUCUACUUUGGACCCUGAGACAAUGUGAAAUAUAUAUCUUUUGAGGCAGCUUCCGACACAUAUUCUUCAUAUACGUGAGAUGUAUUGUCACUCUUUAUAAACCAAGAGGCUCUAUUUUCACUGUGAUACUCAAACCCUUUUUAAAUAAAGUAUUAUGAAAUAAAGUCAGUGUGUCUGUA